GCUGGGCUGGCCACUGACCCCACCCCGGAAUUAAGAACGCAGGAUCAUGUUAAAAAUCUAAAGCCAGCAAGACAUCGUAGGGCCUUUCACUCCGUCUCAACACAGAACCUUAAACUUAGGGGGAAAAUUAGUGUUCCUGGGCGACGGGUUCAAAAUUUUGUGCAUAUAACAUCACUUUGA